AUGGUUCGCAGGGCUAUCCAGCCUACAUCGAGGAGGAAAGCAGUCAUACACUCGUGUUCCGGGUUGGGGUUCUCUACAGUCAAGUUUGCUAUGAAUGCUGUCUCUUUCAAUUGGGCUGCUCAGAGACGCAAAGGUCUGAAUGCAUACCCAGAUCCAAUGUCGAAUCGCAUCUAUGAAUUGACGGCACAAUAUAAAAGGUGUAAGAACCAAGGUGUUCCCUUCGAUCCAAGUAGCCUGCAAAACAAUGAGACGGAAUCGUCCGAUUGCGACCUAUCGACGUCUUUGAACUUCCGAAUGGGAGAACUGCGUAAGAAAAGUCAAGCGUUGAAACGAAAGAUGGUGGCAGACAGUAAAGAGAGACAGAUCGAGCUGUCUGAGUUUGAAAAGUCCCAAUCUGAGAGCUUGGAUGUCGUGAAAGCCUCUAUCGAGAAGCUGCAACAUGACAUGCAAAAUGAGAUGCAAAUCAGUCAGCAAAUGGUUUCUCGCUUGGGUCUUGUCGUGAAGGGCAUUGGGACUAUCGCCACCAAGCGAGUCUUCCUCUCAGCUGCAUCAGGAUCCGCCUAG